AUGUCCGACGAAGAACCCGACGGGACCUUCGGCGGGCUUCCGCCUCAUAGUGACGGUGCUCAUAGUACUUCCUCCUCAUCGGUAGGCACUUCCCGCCGACUAAGAACUUCCCAAACCCCCAUGUCCCACGAUACCAUGUCGCGCAUGGGCCACAGCGACCGCUCUUCAUCCAUGAUGCCCACAUCACCCAUUCGGGGCCCUGAUUUUAAUGCCAUGAUCGAUAACCUUGAUGACCGGAACUCUCACAGUGGUGCAGCAGCUAAAGACCGCUUUAUGGGGUUCGGAGAUACCUCCGGGUACCUGUUUGAGGGCGCGGCCGAUGACCUGGCGGCCCUUAAGCAGGCCUGGAUCUCGGAACGUAUGGCACCGGAAUUGUUACAUUUUGAGCGUGCCUUAGUUGACCGGGUUUUGGAGCGUAUCCGCAAACAAAUAGAAUACAUUGAAAUGAAUAGCAUGGAUUUAACACGCGGUACCGACACUAAACUUAAACUACUGCUAGUAGAAACCGAUCUAGAACGAAUCAAAUUUAUAAUGAGAGGAUACCUACGUGCUCGACUUGCAAAAAUUGAUAAAUACACCAUCCAUCUAAUGAGCGAUGAUCUCCAACGCAGCAAGCUCUCCGAAGAAGAAAUUGAAUACAUGAUGGCUCAUAAUCAAAUCCUGACUCGUCUCUACCGAAUCCAGUUUCUAGGACGAAUCCCUGAACAACUGCGCGCGUUAGACGACUCCAAUGACGUGCCAAUGGUCGAAACUCCAGACCUCAAUCGAACGGUCUUUAUAAGGGUAGUGGAAGAUAUUCUGGAACCCGUGGUUAUAGGCACCCAACGCCUGUUACUUGAUAACGGCGGCAUCUACGCCUUGCGAUAUUCUGCCGUGGCCUUUCUUGUUGACCAAAAGGCCGUCGUUCUUAUUUAA